GCCCCCCUGCGCCUGGGCUCCAGCGUGCGGGACACCUUGGCAGUGUGGCAGGAGCCGGGCUGGGGGCAGGAUGCAAGUGCCGUGCUAGGCGCAGCGCCCGGGCAGGGAGGCGGCGGCAGGAGGAGCCUGCAGUGAUGCGCACCCAGCGGCCGCUCCUCUGACACGCUCUCCUUGGCACCCAACUUAGGAGGGGAGCUGCCCAGCCUGGCACCGGCGGGAUCCAGCGGCAGGGGCGGGACCCUUCCCCGGGCUCGCCUCCCUCGCCUUGCCGAGACCCGCGUCCCCCAAGCGCGUCGGGAGGAGGCGAUCCCGGGCCGGGGAAGUGCCGGGGAGCUGGGGGACUCGGGGCGAAGCAGGCAGCCGAGGAGAAGGAAGGAGCCUGGGAGCCAGCCCCGAGGGGACGGACACAGACGCUCAGCCGGGGAGCGAUGCCUUCAGCUCGGAGCCGGGCCGUCUCCGCGCCCGGGGUGCUGCUCCUGGCUCUGAUGCUGCACUGCAACUUCGGGCGCUGCGGAGCAGGAAUUGAGUACGGUGAUGUGCUUCCAGAUUCCUUCCCAUCAGCCCCUGCAGAGACCCUCCCCCAUUUCCUACUGGAGCCACAAGAUGCAUACAUUGUAAAGAACAAACCUGUGGAGCUGAUCUGCAGAGCCAACCCAGCCACUCAGAUUUACUUCAAGUGCAAUGGCGAGUGGGUCAAUCAGAAUGACCAUCUCACUAAGGAGAGCCUGGAUGAGGUGACUGGGAUGCUGGUGCGGGAGGUCCAGAUCGAGGUCUCCCGGCAGCAGGUGGAGGAGCUCUUUGGUUUAGAAGAUUACUGGUGUCAGUGUGUGGCAUGGAGCUCUGCUGGGACCACAAAAAGCCGAAGGGCCUACGUCCGGAUAGCGUACCUGAGGAAGAACUUUGACCAGGAGCCUCUAGGGAAAGAGGUUCCACUGGAACAUGAGGUGUUACUGCAGUGCCGCCCCCCGGAGGGGGUGCCAACGGCAGAGGUGGAGUGGCUGAGGAACGAGGAUGUUAUUGACACCACCCGAGACACCAACUUCCUGAUAACCAUAGAUCAUAACCUCAUAAUCAAGCAGGCCAGGCUUUCAGACACCGCCAACUAUACCUGCGUGGCCAAGAAUAUUGUGGCUAAGCGCCGGAGCACCACAGCCACUGUCAUCGUCUAUGUGAAUGGUGGCUGGUCCACCUGGUCAGAAUGGUCUCAAUGCAACAACCGCUGUGGCCGUGGCUGGCAGAAGCGGACCCGAACCUGCACCAACCCAGCACCUCUCAAUGGUGGCUCCUUCUGUGAGGGGCAACCCUUCCAGAAAAUCGCCUGUACCACGAUGUGCCCAGUAGAUGGAGCCUGGACAGAGUGGAGCAAGUGGUCAGCCUGCAGCACGGAGUGCACCCACUGGAGGAGCCGGGAAUGCACUGCCCCAUCCCCGAAAAACGGAGGCAAGGACUGCAGCGGAGUGUUGCUGGACUCCAAAAACUGCACCGAUGGACUGUGCAUGCAAAAUAAAAGAGUUUUAACCGAACCCAAAAGUCACUUGUUGGAAACCACGGGGGAUGUGGCCCUGUAUGCCGGCCUGGUUGUGGCCAUCUUUGUUUUCAUCGUCAUCCUGAUGGCCAUUGGAGUGGUUGUGUACCGGCGCAGCUGCCGGGAUUUUGACACUGACAUCACAGACUCCUCAGCUGCCCUGACUGGAGGCUUUCACCCAGUCAACUUCAAGACCUCCAGGCACGACAAUCCCCAGUUGUUGCACCCUUCCAUGCAGCCUGACCUAACAGCCAAUGCCGGUGUAUAUCGUGGCCCGAUGUAUGCCCUGCAGGACUCCUCUGACAAGAUCCCAAUGACCAACUCCCCCCUGCUUGACCCACUCCCAAACCUAAAGAUCAAAGUGUACAACUCCUCCACAGCAUCCUCCUCCCCCAGGCUGAAUGACGGGGCAGACCUGCUUGGGGCAGUGCCCACGGGCACCUACCCAGGGGACAUUGCCAGGGACAAUCACUUUAUGAACAUAAGGAACAAGGCCAUGGGCUCUCAGCAUCUCCUCACCCUGCCCCGGGAGCAUGGGAACAGUGCCACUGGCACAUUUGGCUGCUUGGGAGGAAGGCUCACUAUCCCGGAUACAGGAGUGAGUCUGCUGGUGCCUCAUGGAGCAAUCCCACAGGGGAAGUUCUACGAAAUGUACCUGAUCAUCAACAAGGCAGAAAACACACUCUUACCUUCAGAAGGCACGCAGACAGUAUUGAGUCCCAUGGUGACCUGCGGACCCACUGGGUUGCUCUUGUGUCGUCCAGUCAUUCUCACCAUCCCCCACUGUGCAGACAUCAACUCCUCAGACUGGAUUUUCCAGCUGAAAACACAAUCCCACCAAGGAAACUGGGAGGAAGUUGUGACUCUGGAUGAGGAGACCCUGAACACUCCCUGCUACUGCCAGCUUGAGCCUAAGUCUUGCCAUGUUUUACUAGACCAGCUUGGCACCUAUGUUUUUGUGGGAGAGUCCUACUCCAGGUCAGCCAUCAAGAGACUCCAGCUGGCUAUCUUUGCACCUACCGUCUGCACCUCAUUAGAAUACAGCCUCAAAGUGUACUGCUUGGAGGACACACCAGACGCACUGAAGGAAGUGCUUGAACUGGAAAAGACUCUGGGUGGCUACCUGAUAGAGGAACCCAAGCCACUACUCUUUAAAGACAGUUAUCACAACCUACGCCUCUCCAUCCAUGAUAUCCCCCACUCGCUGUGGAAGAGCAAGCUGCUGGCUAAAUACCAGGAAAUCCCCUUUUAUCACAUCUGGAGUGGCAGCCAGAGGGCUCUGCACUGCACCUUCACCCUGGAGAGAUACAGCCUGGCUUCCACAGAGCUCACCUGCAAGAUCUGCGUCCGGCAGGUGGAAGGGGAAGGGCAGAUAUUCCAGCUGCACACUACACUCGGAGAGAAUGCCAGCUCCUUUGAUGCCUUCUGCUUGCACCAUGGCAGUGCUGUGACUACCCAGCUGGGACCCUAUGCCUUCAAGAUCCCACUAUCCAUCCGGCAGAAAAUCUGCAACAGCCUUGAUGCCCCCAAUUCAAGAGGAAAUGACUGGAGACUUCUUGCUCAGAAACUUUCCAUGGAUCGGUAUCUGAACUACUUUGCCACCAAAGCCAGCCCAACAGGGGUGAUCCUGGACUUAUGGGAAGCCCAGCACCAAGAUGAUGGUGAUCUCAAUACCCUGGCUAGUGCCUUGGAAGAGAUGGGCAAGAGCGAGAUGCUGGUUGUCAUGGCAACAGAGGGGGACUGCUGAUGUUACUUUCAAGUAGCUGGUAGUCUUUAGGCAAUCGAUGAGAAGGACAGAGUGGAGGGGGGAGAGAAGGAGGAGGAAGAAAAUAGAGAACAGCCUUUCCUGAACUGGUAGGGAAGGGUUGUGGAGACGGGGCCAAUUUCUACUUUGUGUCUGGUGGGUUGCUGAUCUGUAGCUAACAAUGAGGGGUAAAGGCAAACUCCUUCUCCCACUCCUCCCUCACCAAGUCACUAUCCGCCUUAGAGAUCCAACCACACCGUUUACAAGCAAUCCAAGUGUUAAACAGGCUCUCUCCUCCUCCUGGCCAUCCUCCGGACUGCGGCGCAAGAGCAGUGCAUCUUUGGUGACCAUGAUGACAGCCAUUGGUGGAAGUGGGCAGCUGCUUCCGCCAUAGCAUGCAGGAAUAUAGGGCUUCUAGAGUCUGGGUUGAGGUUUAUUUUUGUUUCAUUUUGGGGGGGUUUUCUUCUCCCCCCCACCUUUGUUCUUCUUCUUUAAUGGCAUUUAUGCUUAGAAGACUCGAGUACAAUCUAGCCAAACUGCUUACUUCUGUCAAAUGCUUCAGACAGCUUAUUAAGGGGAAAAAAAGGAAAAAAACCACAGUUUCUUAGGAAACGCAAAUAAUUUAUUAUCCAGAUCUUUGGAUGAGUCCUUUUUAAAAAAACAAAAACAUUAAGUCUUUUGUGUGUGAGCAAGAGCAUCAGUCCGCUUUGCGUGAGAAUGAGAGAGAGAGAGAGAGAGAGAUUUAAAGUAAAACACUUGCGAGAAUUAGUAAUGAAAACACACACAAAAAAUCAAGAACAACUUGUUUCCAUAUCUCUGGACCCUUGCUGAAGUCAGAUUGGUUAAGUGCCUAGAGACCCACGUGGCACAGAAAGGGCAAGCUGAGCCCUCUUCCUUAGGGCUGCAGCACAAUGCAAAGAGGCCACUUAAGCAACCAGCUCACAGAAGAACAAACCCAUUUCUGGAAACAAGGUUAAAGGGACAUUGUUGCUCUUUUCAUGGUUUUUUUCAAAUGGCAACUAAAGUCCUCAGCGUUGUUACAGAAGCUGAAACCUCACACAGCCUUCUCUCACCCUCCUUUCAGGGAUCGUUCCUUCCCAAUCCCAUCUCAUCUCUGUUUGAAUCAGAGAGAAGAAUGUGGCUUCAGAGCAUUAGCUUCUUUUUGUGUGCACCAGUGUCAUCAUUUCAAUGGAAUGAUAAUGUACAAAGGACACUUUCAGCUGCAUUUCAGGGGAAAGUGUAUUCGUCGUUGGGAGUGUGGAAGUCUCUCCCAGAAGAAGCAGUAGACACCCUCAAAUGUGAGAUGUUUAAAACUAAACUGCAGGGAAUACUCCUGCACUGGCAGGAAAUUGAACAAGAUGAGCAUUACUGGUAAUGGGCCUUUUCCUAGUUCCUAUGCAAUCAGUACAGCUCUGGGAGUUUCCUUUGUUAGAAAACUCACUAAACGCCCAGCACAGCCAGCAAGAGGAGGACAAGAGGCUACAGUAGCGGUUUGUUUGUUUGGUUUUUCUUCUCUUAUGUGGGUUGUUUAGGAGGGAAGGUUAGUGCUUAAACACAGUGGUGUAUUCAUCAAAAGCUAGUUGGUAUCUAUGGGACAGCUGCCAUCAGAUUAUUACAAUCCUGGGGUGGGUCAGAUUUUGGAGCCCAAAGUAUUUAAGAUCCAUAUUUUUAGGAGGAAAUUCUUCUGGGACAUUUGGGAAAGAAAGAAAGAAACUUGUUAGGAUAAAUAGACCUUCAUAUCAACAAUGUAAAUACACACACUCACUGAUACAGUCGUGCACUAACACACAGCAACAUGCCACCAUCCAUAAGCCAAGACUGUAAAAAAUGGGAGCCUACAGUUAGACUCCUAAAUCUAUAUUUUGGCACUUUAAACAAGGAGUUCCCACUGCGGGGGAGUGUUGAGUGAGAAGGGGUUAUUUUUACAAAGCAAGGUCCAGUGGCCUGCAAUAUAGAGAUUAGUUUGAAGACCACAUCAUUUUAAAGUUCUUGUAAUCAAAUCCAUCUUUUGAUACAAUGUUUCACAAACUCUUACUUUGAUAAAUUGACUGAAAUAUGCUUGUACUGAACGCUGGUCGAGAGACCAUAAAGAAUAGUGCAGCAAGUGGGAGAGGAGUUUAGCAUGGUCGUGCAGUGGUCAAUGAUCUGUAAGAGAGAGUAAACAGCACAUUAAUGAAAUUCAUAGGUGGUAGAAAACUAGAAUGUGUUGCAAAUACCAGUGAAGAAAGAGAACUAAUACAAAGGGGACCCAGUGAGAUUGGAAACACUGUCUGAAGAUAGCAAUAUGAGAUUAAAAUUGGAAAAUGCAGCUGUUUUAUCUGCAGAAAAAGAUCAUCUGAAACACAAACUCAUUGGGAAAGAGAAACCUGGCAGGCAUCAUACUAAAUGAAAUUGUGGGGUGGGGGAAAUAAGAAAACACUGCAAAUUAGACAUUUGCAGCACCAUGUGGCAGCAAAAAUUAGCAAUGCAACACAACAGCAUAUGCAGUCAGCAUUGAGUCAUAAGGUCAUAGUGCUACCGCUAUGGCAUACUGCAUGCAGUCUUCAGUGCAACAGUACUAGAAAUACAUUGACCCAACUGUAAGGAGAUAGGAGAAGGGCAAUAAAAAUGAUUAGGCGUUUGAUGGAGGGACUGACUGAGAAAAGAUUGUGAACUAAGAACCAACUCCUCAGGACUUGUCUACACUUAAUAAAAUGAAUUUGGAUUAAACCAGGGUAUGAAUUUAAAGUGCAGUAACUAUUCCUGAAAAACUCCAUGUGUAGACAAGCUGAUGUAAAUUACCAUAACUCCAUUGUCUGCAGUGGAGCUACAUCAGUUGAGGAUCUGGGCCAUAAUAUGUCAAACUUGACUAAAGGGUGUAUAAGUCUACACAUAUUUGAGAGAAGAUGAACUAUUUAGGGUGGCACAAGCAGAUAUAAGUAGGAAUAAUGGAGAAAUUGAGAAAAGGUGAUGAAAAUCCCUAACAGAUUAGGCUGGGGAAUUUGUGGACCAUUUAAAAUUACACUGGACAAAUAUUAGAAUAUGUAUAGUAGAAGACAGUCCCUCACUAAUCUGGCUGGGUAACCUAAUUUGUCUGGGAAGGAUGGCAUGGGGCUCAGUGGUUCUCCCUCUUUGAACUUAGCAGUUCCUUUCUUUCCUUCUUUUCUACAUUAAAAGUGCUCUGUUGAAAUGAAGGUUGGUUAAAUAACAAAGCUGAUUUUAAUUAAGGGGUAUCCAUGAACACAACAUAAGUUUCAUCUCCAGGAUGUGGUAUUUUAAUGAAGGAAAAAUAUUCUGAAGGGUACUUUGAAUAGCCACAAAUGGAAAUAUUUUACUCUGGUUGCUGCAUCUUAAAAGUUUCUCCUCCAGGAUAAACACGUCAUGACACAAACAAUACAGCAUUAUAUUGUGAUGCUACUGCAUCUGCUCUGAAACCCCCAAUGCACUUACCACAAGAUCUUUGUGGCCAAUAAUUUAAAACUGUACAGAAUACAGUGAGCUUCCCAUCAUGUAUUUCCACAUUCUUUUCCCUCCAGUUCACCAUCUGUGGUAUAGUUCUAUAGCUAAAGAAAAAGUAAACACAAACUCAGGGAGCCAGUGCAUAACAAAAUAAGACAUUGCCCUUAUAAGGUAGUUUGGUAUUUCCUCAGGAUCUAAACCUCCAGUUGCUUAAUUCUUUGGCACACAAGUACUUGGAAGCCUGUUUCCAUCUCUAAUGCUUCCAAAUUGACAGCAGACAGUAGGAAAAGGGACCCACAGGGUCUACUUAAACAACCACAUUGGGAACGGAUGGAUUCAUUGUACAGAGGUACCAUAACAGUGGCAGAACAAAUCAGCCCCAGUCUUGAAACUUGAUUGAAAAGGACAGUCUCAGAGCUUGGAGCCUGGCCUACAUGUAGGAGAGGCUGUACCUUCUUGCCUGAUUAGUCAGAUGGAAGCUAUUCUGGGUUUUUUUGUUUUUAAAUACUGGGACCAUUUUUAUGGUGAAAACACAAUCUGUUUUCUUCAGAAGUCUAAAAAGUUUGUAUAAAAAGUUUCUUUGCCAGCACUUCAGCCAUUUUCUCCUAGGUGUACACUUGUGUUGUGAAUUUCAGGGUCACUAGUGUAAUUCGCAAACAGAAACAUCUUUUGUUUCACACGCAAAAUGUGCAUUAAAUAUUAUGUAUAUUAAAUUUCACUUUCCCCUUUUUUAAUUGCAAAAAGCCGUUAAAACCUGGAAAUCUGUAUAUAUCUGUAGGUAAUAUACAGAUCGGGAUAUGUAUUCAGAGUUUUGGAUGUAUAUCUUAAUGAAACUUUUAAAUCAUCUAAGACUCAAAACUGACUACUUGGAUAGAUCAAAUGCUCCAAUGUAGCUGAAAAUAUUUUUGCGUGGCUGUUUUUUUAAAAACAAACAAACAAAACUUCUUAAAGCAAACAGUGUGACUGCACAGUAUUCAGGAAGUUUGACAAACAUGACCUUCCUCUAUCACAAUCCCAUUUCCCAAUGCUGGGGACUGCGUUGGGAGGAGAGCUCCAAGCUUAUCUGACAUUUCUUUGUGUUAUUACAUCAACUGGGUUUUCAAUGUGUUGUGUAGACUUGGCUAGAAACUGAGGGACUAAUCCAGUUCCCCUUAAAGUCAGUGAACAGACUCCUGUUGAUUUUGGUGGGAGUUGAAUAUGGCUGUAAUAUAGAGAGAGUUCUACCAGUCUGUGUGACAUCAUUUCAUAAUCUGAUUUGUUGAAAUUUUGCUUGUAAUCUGAACAAAGUAAGCAAAUAGGGGAAGUAAUGUAGGAAGUCCUAAAGCACUCAGCUAAUACACAGACAUUUUAACAUUUUCAAAGCUACUGUAAAUAACCUGUCAUUGUUUAUUUUCUUAGAAAUUCAGUGGUAUCCAUGAAAUUUAUCCUAAAUGCUCUGCUCUUGGAAGACAGGUGUAGAUUGUCAGUGUGUCUGACCCUCUCUCUCUCUCUCUCUCUCUCUCUGGUUAAAGGAUCACAGUGUGUUUGUCUCACUCUCAGAUCAGCGUGUGGGUGAGAUCAGGAGAUCAAUGUGUGUUUGUGUCCCCUUUUCUCUGAGUACAGAACCAGAAUGUCUGUAUAUGUGCUUUUCUCUUUCUCAGAUCCCUGUGUGUAUGUGUGUGUGUGUGUGUUUCUUAGCCUUUCUGAUCAAGGGAGCUGUGUGUGUGCGCGAGGGAGGGAAAGGGAAGGGAAGGUAUUUGCUUCACUCCGAUCAGUGUAUGUGUGUUGUGGCCCCUUCUCUGACUUCGUCUCUCUUGGAUCGUGGGAUUAUAGUGUAUGUGGCACUCAGAUCACUGGGUCAGAGUGUCCAAGUACUGUACAUGCUGCCUUCUCCUUUGGUCAUAUGUGUGUGUAUCUCUGUCCCUUGGAGAUGCACUAUGCUAUGAUCACACAAAGCAGGGUAGCAGCUUUGUGAUACUGGGCAGGCAUUUCAUAGUUUCAUUGAAAAAAAUCAGCUGUUGUUUCUCUUGUUGAGAGCGUCCAUUCUCUUGCUCUGCAUUCUGUUUGCAUAUUUAUAUGUCCAGGGGAUGAGUUUGACAGCAUCCUCUAAACACACAUCUGUUUAUUCUGUAAACUAAGAACUGUAAAUAAAGUUUAGCAUUCCUAUUGUAACAAAGUAAUUUUUAUGCAAUAAAUUAUAUUUCCUAGUCUAAUAAAAA